AUCCAGCAAUCAUUAACUGGUCUCGAUCAGUAAAAGGUUCUUAGCUGUUCUUCAGUAGUGAUUGAAGUCCUGACAUGAUGAGGUUGAGUUAUUCCAGUUUUGCUCUACUGGUUUGGCUUCCAGGAAUACUCAAUGCGCAGGGAACACCAGAGUUAUGCAGUGUUCCCACACUGCUAAAUGGUUAUUUGGUCCCCAUGAAGAACUCUUACCAGCAACAUGAAAAGAUCACGUAUGCCUGUGAGAAUGGAUACAAACCUGCAGUGGAGGGCUGGUGGGCAGAAAGCGUGUGUAGAAAUGGUCAAUGGUCUCCUCAGCCACUGUGCAUUGAGAAUUCAGCCUGUACCCCGCCCAUCAUAACCAAUGUAAAAUUCAAAGAGGAUUCAAAGUCUUGGUAUAAGAAUGGUAGUAAAAAAUGGGUAACCUGCAACGAAGGGUAUAGCACCAAAAACUUUCACGCCACAGCUCUUUGUGUCAAUGGAAACUGGACAAAUGUGCCUGUAUGUGAGAAGAGCAAAGACGCAUGCACAGAGCCACCUCAAAUUGCCUACGCAGUCAUUAUUAACAAGGAACACCAGGAGGUGUUUCCUGGGGACAGUGAGGUGACAUAUCAGUGUAAAGAUGACUAUGUAACAGAAGAAGGAGCCAAAAAUAAGUCCAUCUUUUGCAUCGCUGGAAACUGGACGGAAAACCCAACAUGCAUAUACUCUCCUGAAUCUAAAGAUGGAAAUACUAAGCCUGCCUUUGUGCCAGUUGAAAAUUGUGGAGAAUUCCCCAUCGUUGAAAACGGAUUAGUUGAGAAAUCUGAAACGUUGGCUUUGAGAGUUAGAUGUCAACAAUUUUAUAAACUUUAUGGUCCUGAGAAAGUGGUGUGUUACAACAGCAACAAGUGGUCAGCAAUACCCACCUGCAAAGCCAAUUACUGUUCUGUGAACACUAAUGCCUAUUUGGACCUUAUACCUGCUGGAGUCAAAUUUAUGACAAAUGGAGAGAUAGUUGAACUGGAAUGCAAGGAUAUCUUUCUCUUUACAAACCAUCGGGUUGUCUGGUGCAAAAAUGGGAAAGCAACAGUAUCAAGAUGUUGUAACCGAUGGCAAAUAAGCACAGGUUGCUUAGACUGAAUGGAAGAGAAGAAGCCAGCGCUUUCAGGGUUUCAGGAUGGAUAGAAAACACACACAAACAUUGUGAAACUUAAAUGUCCAACAUGUUUGUAGCUUUCUGUCCUGAUUUAUGAACAAUAUUUUUGUAUUGUUGAUCCACAGCAGCAAAUCUUAAAAGUCAAACAAAUUCAAAGAAGCUGCACUUGCUUCAAUAAAAUCCUGAUUUGAGGUUUUAAUACAGAGCAAACUGAAAUGGUUGUUCUUGAUUUUCUAUUCCUUUUACUCUGUAACUGUUCCUAAUUUACAAAAAAAUGGGAAAUCAAAGAGCCUCAAAAGUUGUUCUGGUCCAAGCGUACCCUGGUCCGGGACCAGGAACUGCACUCUGACCCAUCUUUCUCAGUUCGUUUCCAAUCCGCCUGAGCUUCAAUUCACUCUGAGAUUCUUCAGUCUGAAUACAAUCUGUUCCCGGAGCGCAACAACUGAAUCAAAAUGACCACGUAAUCCAAAAUGCAGUCAGAAUGUAGCAAAUUGUGAACUUGUGUAAACCAAUGAUUGUUGUGUUAUCAAUGUUGCAAUGUUUAAUUUAACAAUAAUGCCAUAACAUCACAAAGAAGAGACACACCAACUUAUUGAAAUAUUAUUGGAUGAAUGCAGGCUCAAUAAAACAACUUUUAACUUUA